AACAGUUGCCUGCGCGCCCCCGCCGGACCCGCGGCUCCCUAGUUGCGCCUCGACCAGGCCCUGCCCUUGCUGCCGGCUCCCGCGCGUCUGCGCCCCCUCCGUUCCUGGGCGCAUCCCAGCGCUGCCCCAGCUCGGGAGUCCAGGCCCUGGCGCCAGUGCCCGCUUCAGCUCCGGUUCACUGCGCCCGCUCGAGGCGCGCGGGAGGACUCCGCAGCCCUGCUCCUGACCAUCUCCCCAGGCUUAACCCGGCCGCUCCGCUCGGAUUCCUCGGCUGCCCUCGCUGGGGUGGCGACUUCCUCCCCGCGCCUCCUCCCCCUCGCCAUGAAGAAGUCCAUUGAAAUAUUAAGCCCAGGAGUUGCUUUGGGGAUGGCUGGAAGUGCAAUGUCUUCCAAGUUCUUCCUAAUGGCUUUGGCCAUAUUUUUCUCCUUCGCCCAGGUUGUAAUAGAAGCCAAUUCUUGGUGGUCGCUAGGUAUGAAUAACCCUGUUCAGAUGUCAGAAGUAUAUAUCAUAGGAGCACAGCCUCUCUGCAGCCAACUGGCAGGACUUUCUCAAGGACAGAAGAAACUGUGCCACUUGUAUCAGGACCACAUGCAGUACAUCGGAGAAGGCGCGAAGACAGGCAUCAAGGAAUGCCAGUAUCAAUUCCGACAUCGAAGGUGGAACUGCAGCACUGUGGAUAACACCUCUGUUUUUGGCAGGGUGAUGCAGAUAGGCAGCCGCGAGACGGCCUUCACGUACGCGGUGAGCGCGGCUGGGGUGGUGAACGCCAUGAGCAGGGCGUGCCGCGAGGGCGAGCUGUCCACCUGCGGCUGCAGCCGCGCCGCGCGCCCCAAGGACCUGCCGCGGGACUGGCUCUGGGGCGGCUGCGGCGACAACAUCGACUACGGCUACCGCUUUGCCAAGGAGUUCGUGGACGCCCGCGAGCGGGAGCGCAUCCACGCCAAGGGCUCCUACGAGAGCGCGCGCAUCCUCAUGAACCUGCACAACAACGAGGCGGGCCGAAGGACGGUGUACAAUCUGGCUGAUGUGGCCUGCAAGUGCCAUGGGGUGUCCGGCUCAUGUAGCCUCAAGACAUGCUGGCUGCAGCUGGCGGACUUCCGCAAGGUGGGUGAUGCCCUGAAGGAGAAGUACGACAGCGCGGCGGCCAUGCGGCUCAACAGCCGGGGCAAACUGGUGCAGGUCAACAGCCGCUUCAACUCGCCCACCACGCAGGACCUGGUCUACAUCGACCCCAGCCCUGACUACUGCGUGCGCAACGAGAGCACGGGCUCGCUGGGCACGCAGGGCCGCCUGUGCAACAAGACGUCAGAGGGCAUGGAUGGCUGCGAGCUCAUGUGCUGCGGCCGCGGCUACGACCAGUUCAAGACGGUGCAGACGGAGCGCUGCCACUGCAAGUUCCACUGGUGCUGCUACGUCAAGUGCAAGAAGUGCACGGAGAUCGUGGACCAGUUCGUGUGCAAGUAGUGGGUGCCGCCCGGCACUCAGCCCCGCUCCCAGGACCUGCUUAUUUAUAGAAAGUACAGUGAUUCUGGUUUUUGGUUUUUAAAAAUAUGUUUUAUUUUUCCCCAAGAAUUGCAACCAGAACCAUUUUUUUACUGUUACCAUCUAAGAACUCUGUGGUUUAUUAUUAAUAUUAUAAUUAUUAUUUGGCAAUAACGGGGGUGGGAAUCAAGAAAAAUAUUUAUUUUGUGGAUCUUUGGAAAGGUAAUACAAGACUUCUUUUGAUAGCAUAGAAUGAAGGGGAAAUAACACAUACCCUUACUUAGCGGUGUGGACAUAGUACACAUCCAGAAGGUAAAGAGAUACAUUUUCUUUUUCUCAAAUAUGCGAUCGUAUCAGAUGGGUAGGAUCCAGUUGAAAGAGAGUGGUAGAAAUCUAUUCAUGAUUCAGCUUCUGUGACCAAAAUGAGUUGUAGGUUCUCUGGUGCAAGAUAAAAGGUCUUGAAAACAAAAAACAAAACUUCCUUCCCCAGGGGCUGCUAGCUUGCUUUUUGCAUUUUCAAAAUAAUAAUUUAAAAUGUAAGAACAAGAAUCUCAUAUUCUCAAGGAAAAAAGGUAUAUCACAUUUCUUAUCCUCCUCAAAUAUUCUAUUUGCAAAUGGUCAUAUUCUAGUAACUCAUGAAAUUUGGGGAGCAGGGAGUAAAGUCCCCAGAAAUUAAAAAAUUUAAAACUCCUAUAUCAAGAUGAUAAUUUGAAGCUGUUACACAAAUUAGGAUUUCGGAUUGGAAAAAGAUCCCCAGAUAAUCCUGGACACUAGAUUUUUUUUUUGUUUGGGGAGGUUGGCUUGCAUAUAAAUGAAAAUAUCCUGUAAUUUUCUUAGGGAUACUUGGUUAGUAAAUUAUAAUAAUACAAAUAAUACAUGAAUCCCAUUCACAGAUUUUCAGCCCAAGCAACAAGGUAAUUGCGUGCCAUUUAGCAGUGCACCAGGGCAGACAACCUAUUUGAGAAAAAACGUGAAAUCCAUCUUCCUCUUCACACUGAGUCCUCUCUGACUCCUCUGAGCUGCGAUGUGAUGCUGGCCAUGUUUCCAAACGGCAGCUCCACUGGGUCCCCUUUGGUUAUAGGACAGGAAAUGAAACAUUAGGAGCUCUGCUUGGAAAACAGUUCACUACUUAGGGAUUUUUUUUUUUCCCUAAAACUUUUAUUUUGAGGAGCAGUAGUUUUCUAUGUUUUAAUGACAUAACGUGGCUAAUGGAAUUCACAGAGGUGUUGCGAGUUUCACUGUUAUGAUCCUGUGUUUAGAUUAUCCACUCAAGCUUCUCCUAUUGUACUGCAGGUGUACCCUAAAACUGUUCCCAGUGUACUUGAGCAGUUGCAUUUAUAAGGAGGGAAAAUGUGGUUUAAUGGUGCCUGAUAUCUCAAAGUCUUUUGUACAUAACAUAUAUAUAUAUACAUAUAUAUAAAUAUAAAUAUAAAUAUAUCUCAUUGCAGCCAGUGAUUUAGAUUUACAGUUUACUCUGGGGUUAUUUCUCUGUCUAGAGCAUUGCUCUUCACUGCAGUCCAGUUGGGAUCCUUCCAAAAAUUUUUGAGUCUUGAACUUGGGCUGUGGCCCUGCUGUGAUCAUACCUUGAGCACGACGAAGCAAUGUUGUUUCUGAGGAAGCUUGAGUUCUGACUCACUGAAAUGCAUGUUGGCUUGAAGAUUUCCUUUAUCUUUCUUUCCUGCUCCACCCCUUUGUCUCCAACCUCCAUUUCUGUACACUUUGUGAAGAGGGCAUUACUUGUUCGUUAUAGACAUGGAUAUUAAGAGAUAUUCAAAACUUGGAAGCAUCAGCAAUAUUUCUCUUUUCUUAGUUCAUUCUGCAGAGUGGACCCGUGCCUAUUAGAAAUGGUAGUACUUAUUAAUUGAAUCCCUAAAGAAAAUUCAGCCCACUACAUAGCUAAUUUUUUUUUUUUUUUAAAUAAGGAUAUCGCUUUCCAAAAAGUGCCAUCAAAUGUGUUCUUAUCUCAAACUUACAUUGUUUUAAAAGUUUGGAAAGAUACACAUCUUUCAGACCCUUCUUAGGCAGGGCAGCUUUUAUAUCACCUUAGUCAACUGUGGCUCUUAAUUUAUUGCAUAAUGAUAUCUACUUCCCCUCAGUUGCAGUGAAUGUCGAGCAAAAGAUCUUGAAAGCAAAAAGCACUAAUUAGUUUAAAAUGUCACUUUUUUGGUUUUUAUUAUGCAAAAACCAUGAAGUACUUUUUUUAUUUGCUAAAUCAGAUUGUUCCUUUUUAGUGAUUCAUGUUUAUGAAGAGAGUUGAGUUUAACAAUCCUAGCUUUUAAAAGAAACUAUUUAAUGUAAAAUAUUCUACAUGUCAUUCAGAAUUAUGUAUAUCUUCUAGCCUUUAUUCUGUACUUUUAAUGUACAUAUUUCUGUCUUGUGUGAUUUGUAUAUUUCACUGGUUUAAAAAACAAACAUCGAAAGGCUUGUGCCGAAUGGAAGACAGAAUAUAAAAUAAAACGUCAAUUGUAUAUUGGUAAGUGGUUUCAAUUGUCCUUCAGAUAAUUCAUGUGGAGAUAUUUGGAGAAACCAUGACGGAUAGUUUAGCAUGACUACAUGUCAAAAUAAUAGCAGAGUGGGGAAUUUUACCAAAACCAAACUAUUUGGAAGCUUCAAAAGAUUUCUAUAUGUAACGGAAAAAAAGGGGAAUUCUCUUUUCCUAUAUAUGUUCCUCAAAAAAAAAAAAAAAUCAAGCAGAUGGCUUAAAGCUGGUUAUAGGAUUGCUCACAUUCUUUUAGCAUUAUGCAUGUAACUUAAUUGUUUUAGAGCGUGUUGCUAUUGUAACGUCCCAGAGAAGAAUGAAAAGGCACAUGCUUUUAUCCAUGACCAGAUUCUUAGUCCAAAAAAAAGUUAUUUUUUUUGUGUUUACCACUGCAACUAUUGCACCUAUUUGAAUUUACUGUGGACCACGUGUGGUGUCUCUAUGCCCUUUGAAAGCUGUUUUUAUAAAACGAAAGACCCAGUCUGCAGAGAAUGAAAACUGGUUGGAAACUAAAGGUUGGUUGUGUUAAGUGCAAUUAAUACAAGUUCUUGUGCUUUACAAAAAUGUACACAGAAAUCUGGACGGUGCUACACAGAUUGAUACAUUCACCUUUGCUUUUUCUCUUUCCCGAUAACCUUGUAACAUAUUGAAACCUUUUAAAGAUGCCAAGAAUGCAUUAUUCCA